AUGGAAGGCAGUGGUUUAUCUGAAGUCAAAUUAUCCAUAGUGCUUCCGGUCUCAGAACAUAAUGUUUUGGACCCUCAUGAGGCAAUAAUGGAAAGGGGAAACAGUUCAAGAGAUCAAAAUGCAACUGGAGAGACAGUUGUACGCGGCAAGAAAAGGAUGGAGAUUGACAGUUCACCCGAAGAAGAUGAAAAGGAUAUGGAUGAUUGGUCUAUCAGUUCUGGAGAGCAAGGGUCUGAUUUUAUGGAUACUGAUGGGAGCAAUGAUAGUAGUGCAUCUUCUAGGUGUAAUGUUGAUGUUGGUGGUGUUGAGCUAUUGAGAAGUAGGGAUCCCCAAGAAACAAAGUUGAAUGAAGAUGACAAUAGCAAUGUUACAAGUUCAAUCCCGGUAUUGGAACCAUGUCUUGGCAUGGAAUUUGAAUCCAAGGAUGAUGCAUAUAACUUUUAUAAUGGUUAUGAAAAAGAGAUGGGAUUUUCAGUUUGGAAAUUCAGGGUGGAGUGCUCAAGAGUGGGUAAUCGUGUACUUGCUAGAUCAUAUGUGUGUUCACAACAAGGUGAGAAAUGGUGUAAUGAUAAGAGGAGAAAGGGAAUGGAUUACAAACCUCGUGCAACAAAAAAAUGCAAUUGUGGUCCAGUAAUGAGGAUCAAGUCCAGGAAUGGGAAGUGGGUGGUUGAUCUUUUGGAAAAAGAACACAACCACCCACUGGUGGAUCCUAGCCAAUCUUUUAGACUUUGGUCACACCAGAAAAUGACAGAUGCUACAAUGCAACUAAUUAGCAAACUGCAUAAAUGUGGGAUUAAACAGAGCGGCAUCAUUUCAAACGUAUCGGAGUUUACCGGUGGCGAGGAGAAUGGUAGUGUCAACGAGGAGCGUUACCAGAAUAUUUUCAGAACGAAGCAUAGGAGAACCUUAGGUGUAGAUUGUCAGUUAGCGGUGAACUAUUUGAAGAGCAAAGGAAUUUCGGAUGCACAGUUUUUUUAUGCAUUUAGUAUGGACACGGAGCAGCGAUUGACAGGGCUUUUUUGGGUGGAUGGUCGUUCAAGGGAACAGUAUAAAAAUUUUGGAGGCGUGAUUGUGUUUGACACAACCUACAAGAAAAAUAAAUACAAGUUUCCAUUCACUCCAUUUACGGGUGUUAAUCAUCACAUGCAAUGCACACUCUUCGGUUGUGGGUUAAUAGCCAAUGAAACCAAGGAAUCAUUCAUAUGGCUGUUUCAGUCGUGGCUUAAAGCAAUGGACAAUGUCCAACCAAAGUCUAUAUUGACCGACGAGGACCCGGCUAUAAUGAGAGCAAUUAGACAUGUUUUCCCAUCUUCUGUACAUCGUCUCUGUGGUUGGCAUUUGGAGAAGCAUAGGACCAGUCACAUGGGGCCCUUAUACAAGAAAUACCCCGAACUGAAGAACGCAUAUUAUAGUUGCAUACAUGAUUCGAAAACAAUUACAGAGUUCGAGCAAAAAUGGGAUGGAAUGAUUGAGAGAUUCAAUUUGCAAGACCAUAAAUGGUUGAUGAGACAGUUCAAACGAAGGAAGCAUUGGGUUCCAUGUUACUUUCCUGACAUAUUUUUUGCUGGUAUGAGCACAACCCAGAGAGGUGAUUCAAUGAACAAGUACUUCAAAGGCUUCUUCAGUCCAUCUACUCCAAUUUGUGAAUUUAUUACACAAUAUGAUGAGGCUGUUAAGAAAAGAAGAGAAAAGGAAGCAAACGCAAACAUCAAAUGCAUGACCUCUUUACCAUAUUUGCAUACAGAGCACAAAAUUGAGAAGCAAGCCAGGCUUGUUUAUACAGCGAAGGUGUUUGGGGUUUUCUUAAAAGAAUGGUGUGCAUGA